UAAUCAACCACGCUUUGUUUUGACAUUUAAUACUCCAACUGUCACCGAAGCGUUGCCGUGCGAGCGAGCACGAUAUACGAAUCCGUGUAAGUUAGAUAAGGAUAGCGGCGCGGCGGCGCUGUGGCUUCCCGCCGUCCCCCGUACGACAGUCGCGCUCAGUUCGUUUUGCUUUGCUUGCUGUGCGUAGUUCAAGGAAGAAUUAUUUUGUUUGAACGUUAUACAAUCGGUUAUUCGUGACUUUUGGACUGUUGGUGAACUUUGUUAGUGAUAUACGUGUGAUUGAGUGUAAAAAACAAUAUUCGGAUGGAUUGAGUGUGUAACGAUGUUACCUCCUACGGCCGGCAUAGCACAAGAGCAACGCGACCGGCCCGAAAUGGCGUAUCAGCAGCGUCGCGACGUUAGGGAGCUGACCCGGGAGAUCAUAAGGGAUGCUGCUCGAGCGGCCAACAGACAGCAGUCAAUGUCGCCUGGAGCUCGAGACCGUUUCCCGUCCACAUCAUCCACGGAUGACAACGAGAGCGGCACCGACGGCGAGGCCGACCGCUCGCGUCGCGCCAGCAUUGUCCUAGGUCAACCCGGCCCGCCGCCCGGCAUCGUAUCCAUUCGGAAGCGGCGCGGCAAUCUGCCCAAACACUCCGUCAAGAUAUUAAAGAGAUGGCUGUACGACCACAGAUACAACGCGUACCCGAGCGACGCGGAGAAACUCACGCUCAGCCAAGAAGCCAAUCUCACUGUGCUGCAAGUAUGCAACUGGUUCAUAAACGCCCGCCGCCGCAUCCUGCCGGAGAUGAUAAGACGCGAGGGCCACGACCCUCUCCACUACACUAUAUCACGUCGCGGCAAGAAGCAGCCAGGAACACCCACUGCCGGCUCCUCUGGACAACAGGUCGCUUGGGACACUGUCGAACUGGAGAUUCAAAACGAGGGCGAGCGCCGCGAGGGAGAAUACGCCGAGGGCGACGGACUUCUCGUCUACCGUAGCGACGGCGAAUUGGGAGAAGAGGGAUAUUCGUCGUCCGCCGUUAGCGAGGAGGAGGUCAAAUACGACCCCUCCGUGUGGCAGAGCGUGAUACGUUACGGGCCGGAGGACGCACACCCGGCUACAAGAGGCACUGCAGCGGUAGUCACUGUCACAACGUCAGAGGAAGAAGAGCAGGCGGCCGAGGCGGCGCGCGCCAGCGGAGCAGGAACGGGGGGAGGAGGAGGCUGGCACCCGCAGCUGGCGCACCUGCCGCAGCUGCCGCACCCGCUGCGCACGCGCAGGCUGCAGGUGGUCCCCAGCUCAUCAGAGGGCGAGCGAGACAAGUUCAAGUGUCUCUAUCUGCUGGUUGAGACGGCCGUCGCGGUCCGCCAACGCGAGAAAGAGCAGGAAGAGGUGCCUGUCUAGUGCGCAG